CCCAAUGCCCCCAUCCUCUCCCAGUGCCCCCUCUCCCUGACAUUCGCCUAAUGCCCACUCACCUGCUGUCCGUCUGUUAUCUGCUGCCCCUGACAUCCUAAUAUCCCCUCAUUUACUACCCCCUGUCUGUCACCUACUGCCCCUACAUUCUCCUAAUACCCCUCAUUUUCUACCCGUAUAUUCUCCUAAUGCCCCCUCACCUGCUGCCCCUGACAUUGUCCUAAUGCCUCCUCGCCUGCAGCCCCCUGUCUGUCCCUCACCUGCUGCCCUUCUAACCUGCCGCUCCUUGUCAUUCUCCUGUUGCCCCUUCACCUAUCUCCUGCCGCACCCCAGUCUUCUGCCAUCAGAGCCAUUUCUAGGGCUAGGUGAUCUGUGCAAUCACAUGGGGCGCAUGCGGCCGCGGUCUCUUUGAGACAGUAUUCCAUAUCUGGCUUUCCGCAUGAAAUAAUGUUGAAAGUGUCUCACCCAAAAUGGCCACCGCCUCAGGAGACACUUCAGACUGUUCUAGAGGAGAUGGCGACCAUUUUUGGAGGGACAUUUACAAGACUGGCAGACGCUAACAGCAUCCCCACCCGUCUCUACUGCCGCUCUCAUCCUCCAGGAAUACACAGUGGUGAAGAAGACGCCCAGCUAUCCCCACGUGUCAGGAGGACAUAGGAGGACCCAGAGCCCCAUCCCGGUGCCUCCACCUCACUCACUGAUACAUGAGGGAGACAAUGACCAGAAGAUCCUGGAACUCACCAACAAGAUCAUUCAGCUGCUGACUGGAGAGGAGGGGGAGUAUAUAGAGGAACACAGGGGUCUGUACAAGGACGUGAUGAUGGAGAAUCACCGGCCCCUCACAUCACUGGAUGGGCCCAGUAACAGAGAUACCCCAGAGAGAUGUCCCCGUCCUCUGUAUUCCCAGGGUUGUACAGAGGAGAAUCACAGGAUCCCACAGGAGGAUCAGGUAGAACGUGUGUCUGAUAUUAAAUUAGAAGAUAUAGAGGGAGAAGAAGAGACGUAUGUGACUGAUAUAAAGGCAGAAGAUACAGAGGGAGAAGAGGAGAUGUAUCUAACUGUUAUAAAGGUAGAAGAUAUAGAGGGAGAAGAAGAGACGUAUCUGAGAGGUGAUCAGCAGUGUAAGGAGGAGGAAAUUCCUACAGAUAUCAGCACAGAUGGACACACAAGCAGGAAUAUCUCAGAAGGACAUCUAAUGUUAUCUCCGGAUUGUGACAUAAAAGAUAAUGACAGUAGACCGGAUUCUCCAGGAGAUAACCCCAUUACCCCCAUUAUACAUCCAGCUCUAUCAGCUGCUCCCUCUGAUCCUGGGAAAUGUUCUCCUGAUCACUCUGAUAUUGGUGCAUCUGUUACAGCUCUGACAGUAGAUACAGUGUUUCCGUGUUCUAUAGAUGCCAAAUGUUUUACACAGAACACAAAACUUAUUACCCAUCAGCCAGCUAAUGCAGGGGAGAGGCCAUUUCCAUGUUCUGAGUGUGGGAAAUGUUUUACAUACAAAUCAGGUCUUGUCACACAUCAGAGAAGGCACACAGGUGAGAGGCCAUUUUCCUGCGCUGAGUGCGGGAAAUGUUUUAUCUGGAAAUCAGAACUUGUUACACAUCAGCAAAGUCACACAGGUGAGAAUCCAUUUCCAUGUUCUGAGUGUGGGAGAUGUUUUACAUACAAAUCACGUCUUGUAAAACAUAAGAGAAUACAUACCGGUGAGAAACCAUAUUCCUGUUUUGAGUGUGGGAAAUGUUUUACAUACAAAACAACUCUUGAUGCACAUAAGAGAAGUCACACAGGUACAUCACCAUUUCAAUGUCCUGAGUGUGGGAAAUAUUUUGCACAGAAAUCACAACUUGCUAGACAUCAGAGAAGUCACACAGGUGAGAGGCCAUUUCCAUGUUCUGACUGUGGAAAAUGUUUUGCACGGAAAUCACACCUUGUUACACAUCAGCAACGUCACACAGGUGAGAAGCCAUUUCCAUGUCCUGAGUGUGGGAAAUGGUUUGCACAGAAAUCAGAUCUUGUUAAACAUCAGAGAAAUCACACAGGUGAGAAGCCAUUUCCAUGUCCUGAGUGUGGGAAAUGUUUUACACGGAAAUCAGAUCUUGUUAUACAUAACAGAAGUCACACAGGGGAGAAUCCAAUUUCUUGCUCUGAGUGUGGCAAAUUGUUUGCACGGAAAUCAGAUCUUGUUAAACAUCAGAGAAGUCACACAGGUGAGAAGCCAUUUCCAUGUUCUGAGUGUGGGAAAUGUUUUGCAUACAAAUCAGAUCUUGUUAUUCAUCAGAGAAGUCACACAGGUGAGAAUCCAUUUCCAUGUUCUGAGUGUGGGAAAGGUUUUGCACACAAAUCAGCUCUUGUUAAACAUCAGAGAAGUCACACAGGUGAGAAGCCAUUUCCAUGUUCUGAGUGUGGGAAAUGUUUUGCACACAAAUCAAAUCUUGUUAAACAUCAGAGAAGUCACACAGGUGAGAAGCCAUUUUCUUGCUCUGAGUGCGCGAAAUGUUAUACUCAGAAAGCACAACUUGUUAUACAUCAGAGAAGUCACACAGGUGAGAGGCCAUUUUUUUGCUCUGAGUGUGGGAAAUGUUUUAUCCUGAAAUCACAACUUGUUACACAUCAGAGAAGUCACACAGGUGAGAAGCCAUUUCCAUGUUCUGAGUGUGGGAAAUGUUUUGCACACAAAUCAGAUCUUGUUAGUCAUAACAGAAGUCACACAGGGGAGAAUCCAAUUUCUUGCUCUGAGUGUGGGAAAUGUUUUACACGGAAAUCAGAUCUUGUUAAACAUCAGAGAAGUCACACAGGUGAGAAGCCAUUUCCAUGUUCUGAGUGUGAGAAAUGUUUUGCACUCAAAUCAACUCUUGUUAAACAUCAGAGAAGUCACACAGGUGAGAAGCCAUUUUCUUGCACCGAGUGUGGGAAAUGUUUUACACAGAAAUCACAUCUUGUUAGACAUCAGCAGUCACACAGGUGAGAAGCCAUUUCCAUGUUCUGAGUGGGAAAUGUUUUUCACAGAAAUCACAACUUGGUACACAUCAGAGAAGUCACACAGGUGAGAAUCCAUUUUAAUCUGGAGUAUACUUAUCAUUACCAUGCGUUCUUCAAGAUUUUUAUCUUAUCUUCUAUGCUUUUUGCAAUAUACAUGCUACCGCAGGGUGAAAUAAUCAGGUGUCAUGCCCUCAUCUACCACUGCUAUGCAGGUGAUCUGUCUCUUGCUCUAGGUACUGAGAACCCAGUACCAAUCCUAAAUGGUUUCUAGUUGAGCUCUAGGUGUGGGUGAUGCCAGUUGGCUGUGACUCAGUCCUGGUGAAUCAUGUCCUUAUGAUAGAAGUUCAACAACAAAGGGCAGGGCUACAGCUCAGCUUUGCAAACCAACCAGACUUAUGCUUGGGGGUUCAGAGUUGCAAAAUGCUGAUCCUGUGCAGAAUCUUGGUGUCCUGGAUGGUUGAGUGACACUUAGACAUCAGGUAUCAGCUACAAUCAGAUCCUCAUCUGAGGAACAUAGCCAGACUCCAGCACUUAAUUCCCUCAGAAGAUCUACCUGAUGUCACACAUGUACUUGUAUCAUCACACACAGACUACUGCAAUGUACUCUACCUGGAUCUCCCAGCAAUAGAAUUGCAGCGGUUGUAGCUUGUAUAGAAUGCAGCAGCAGCCAGGCUUUUACCUAACCAGCCCGUUUCUACCACAUAACACCCGUUCUCUACUCCCUGCACCGGCUGCCUGUAAGAUGGUGACUGGGCCUAAUUCAGGUUGGAUUGCAGUGUGUGAUCCAAACAGAAUUAUUCAGAAAAAGUUGCAGGCGCAUCUGCUGUACCCAUCCUGCGCAUGUGUCCGCAUUUUCUUCAGAAAAAGUGAUUGCCUGUCAGGCAGAGCCAAUCACGGGGUUGGGCGGGCAAUGCUCCUUUUCCAGGGAAAAGACAAUGCAGGGGCGUUGUGGCGCGAAUGAAGGACAGAGGCAGACAAAUGGGCAUGAUCAAGGUGGCUGUGACAUCACAUGCAGCCACCGUGAUUGAGAAGAAUGCAGCGGGCCUCCUGCAGGCGCAGCUAAGCUUCUACGAUGAAACAGUAAUUGUGAGGCAAUCGCAUUUUCUGCUUCAUCAGGUGGGAGGUGGCGGUCGGCAUGCUGGGUGGCCUUGCCCUGCGAUGGGCGGCCCCCAGUGUGCUAGGAAAAGGAUUGCAAAUUCUGCUAAUUAGCAGCAUCUGCAAUCCUUACUGAAUUAGUUCCGCUAUUAAAUUAUCUUACUGACUCCCAGCCUUGCAUGACCAUGGUACCAGAAGCAGCUUCUGCCUCCGUACUGCCCGGGUUUCUUCCAUCUGUUGAUUAAGGACUGUUAGCAGUACCAUAAAUUCCCAAGCAGUGCUUAGAUGUCGGGGAGACAGGGUGGGUGGCAGUAGUGCAGUAGCAGGGGCUGCUGGAGGCAGUGUCUAAGUGGUAAUAUUGUCCCCAAGCAGCACUGAGGAGGGAGACAGGACAGGGGGCAGUAGUGGGAGCUGCUGGAGGCAGUGUCUAUGUGGGUAAAUGUUCCUAAGAAGGGCUGAGGUGUCAGAGUCAGUAGUGGUGGGGAGACAGGGCAGGUGACAGCAGUGGGGGGAGACUGGGUGGGUGGCAGUAGUGGGGGGAGGGGGGAUGGUCACAGUGCAGUACCAGGGGCUGCUGGAGGCAGUAAAGAGGUGUAUGUUCCGCACAGAAUCAGUUGAUAAUUAGACUUAAUGAUGAUUAUGCUUCCUUAUUUCUAAUGAAUCCCUUGUAUGUGUUACUGUUAUUUGCUGUGUCAGCCUUUAUGUGUGUUCUGUGUAAUAAUCCUGAAAGUAGUGCUGCUACCGAUCUCAUAUCAUUUGUAGUAACUUGGAAAAGAUGAGAUAUGAGGUGCACCCUGGAAGCUUAUAGGGGGUUAAUCAGAGAUGAUCGCAGAUGUGACAUCACACAGCCCCCUCCCCCCACCUCUCCCCCCCCCCCCCCCAGUAAUGGUCCCGGCCCACCCGUAUUCUCCCCUCAGGGAUAUGACCACAAUGUGUGUGUUUGCGUGGCCUCUGUGCAUUUUGCUACCACCGGGUAAACUGCUGCGGGACGCUUUUGAGGCUGGGUCUGAAUGACCCCCAUAGGCUGUUGUGCAAAGUAAAGUAUUUUUUAAGUUUAAAAUAUAGACAAAAAUAUGUGUAUUAAAGAUAUGAAAUAAAGUCAUGUAAAAUCAAAA